GCUUGGCCUGUGGAUUUCUCCUUCGCGGCUCCGCCGGGGGGAACCCAGCCAGGCAGCCGGUGACGGGGGAGGCGGAGAUCGGGCGAUCGCGGAGGCUGCUCAAGCGCCGCCCUUCACCUCCGCGCGCCGCAGCUGGCCGGCCAUGGUGGAGCAAGCCGACGACGCGCCGCUCCUUUUCUGGGCCGAGGGCCCAGCCGUUUCCUUGCCGGAGCCCGGGGAGCCCGGCAGGUGGGGGGGCUGCCGCUCCUCCUCCCCUUCCUCCUCGACGUGGAGGAGCGGCGGCAAGGGGAAGCCGGGUCUGACCGGUCUGGGGAGGCGACUCCAGGAGCAAGAACCGGGGCAGGUAGAGGAAGACCAGAUCGUGGCAGUGUUUGUGGUCACUUUUGACUCCCGCACGGGUAAUAUGGUCGAAUGGUGUUUGCCACAAGACAUUGAUCUGGAAGGUGUUGAGUUCAAAUCUAUGGCCAGUGGAUCCCAUAAAAUCCAGUCUGAUUUCAUUUACUUCCGGAAAGGUGUUUGCUUUGGUUUGGCUUGUUUUGCCAAUAUGCCUGUGGAGAGCGAAUUGGAACGUGGUGCGCGGAUGAAAUCUGUGGGCAUUCUUUCUCCUUCCUACACUCUGUUGUACAGAUACAUGCACUUCUUGGAGAACCAGGUCAGGCAUCAGUUGGAAAUGCCAGGACAUUACUCUCACUUGGAAGCCUUUUACGAUGACAAGAAAGGGGUCUUCCCAGCAGGCACUCUUGUUUCACAGCAACCCAUCCACUGGCUGCCUUCCAUCCACAAAUAUAUGUAUCCAGAGAUGAAGAUCACCCACCCUGCAGGCUGUAUGUCUCAGUUCAUCAAGUUCUUUGGAGAGCAGAUCCUGACCCUCUGGAAGUUUGCCUUGCUCCGCAAGCGCAUUUUGAUAUUUUCCCCACCUCCCGUCGGCGUGGUCUGCUACAGAGUUUAUUGCUGCUGCUGCCUUGCCAAUGUCUCCUUGCCGGGUAUUGGAGGGACUGUCCCUGAGUCUAAGCCAUUUUUCUAUGUCAAUGUAGCCGACAUUGAAAUGCUGGAGACUGAAGUAUCAUAUGUAGCCUGCACAACAGAAAAAAUCUUUGAAGAGAAGCAAGAUCUCUAUGAUGUCUAUGUAGAUAACCAGAAUGUAAAGACACAUCAAGAGCAUCUGCAACCACUCCUGAAGAUUAACAGUGCAGACAAGGAGAAGUAUCAGAGACUUAAUGAUCAGAGACAAAUGCUGAUGUACUCCCAGGAAGUAGAUGGUGACUGUAGUUCUUGUGAAGAGGACCUCUUCAUCUUGUUCUUCAUGGAGCAGAACAACCGGAUAUUUCAGACAUUGAUGGAGAUAUCAGCCAGCCAGGACAAGACAUUGACAGCUGACCAUGCCCGUGGAAUGGGUUUGGAUCCUCAAGGCGACCGUAGCUUCCUCAUGGACCUCCUGGAAGUUUAUGGCAUUGAUGUCAUGCUGGUCAUUGAUAAUCCUUGUUGUACUUAGAAGUGGUGGGUGCUGGAAAGGUGAGAGAAGCAGAAUUCACACAUGAGUGGAUGGCAACAACUGUUAAAAGACUACAGGACGAACUGGUGGAACUUGCCACAACUCAUAUUGUGAAGUAUUGCCUUUUAUUUAAGGGAGCACUCUGCAGGAAGUGUUAUUUAUUUUUAUCUGGUUAAUAAUUGUUUUCAAAUGGAUCUCAAAGAAGAUACUAUUCUUCCCUACCCACAAUAGAUUGGCCCAGGGGUCCCCAACCGUGGCGACUUGUGGACUUGAAGUCCACAAAUCUUAAAAUUGCCAAGGUUGUGACCCCUGGAUUGGUCAACCAUGCUUUCUGUAAGUUCUGUAAAAGGAAUAGUCUGCUUCAUGAUCUUCUACCCCACCUGCUUCUAAACAACCCAGCACAGAGUUAUUUUGAGAGAAGAAAUCAUAUCUAAUGGCUGGGAAUUUAGAUGGUUGGAUGUGAAAAAGCACUUUAUUCUCUGGGGACCAAUAUGAAUUUUUCACGCUGCUAGAGCCUUCCUAACAUCCUGUAGGAGGUGAUAGACCUUCCAAUUCCCAAAAUCAUUAAAUAUGUUUUUUUGUUUUCCUGUGACAUAAUUCCUGUUCCUUACUUUAUACAUAUAUAGGCAUGCAUCUGCUCUCCAUAUCAUGGUUCAGUUAAAUUAGGAUUAACGUGUAUGUUCAAUUUUUGCCUUGGCAGAAGGAAGACAAGUGGCAGGGGACAGAGUUUUCUCCCAUUACUUCAAAAGCAAUGUAUUUUUUUUUAAAAAAAAAAACAACAACCUCACAUUUCUUUACUAAACAAUUGGGAGAAUUACUUUUUUUUAUCCUAGCUUCGUUACUGUUGAAUAUAUUUUGGGAAAAAAGUCUUGCAUUAUCUCAACUGUGUCACAGUAACUUCAUAUCUCAGCCUGCCCCCAAAAAGCAGUUUAAAGAAUUUGAGACCAUGUACUUAACCUGCACUGUUUGUUUCUUAUACUUGUAAUUACAAUGAGCCCACCCUGCCAUCUGGAUAAUUUGAUAUGUAUUAUUUUUGGCAUAGUAGUAGUGGUUUUGAUACACUGGAAUUUUGUUCUGUUACACUACAGGUUUAGGUUUCUCAUAGGACCCAAGCCUAUAUUUGUGAGUAAUAAUAGGAUAAUACUAAAAAGAUAAGAAGAAAUAGUGAGGAGUGAUGAUCGCUCCAGUGCCUUAUGCCCUUAAUGAUGGAUACCAUGGUCUAGCCAUCAUCAAGAGCACAUAUACAUUUCUGAGAGCCUGAUCUGUUUCUUCAGCUGCUGGCUGAAUACCAGUGUUGUGGUUCUUGGGCUCUUUGCAGCUUUAAUAAUAGGCUAGAAUACUCACCUGGUGGCCUCAGGUUCUCCACCUGUUCUCCCUUGCUUAGUCAUUUCAGCUGUUGUCUAUUAGGAAUGUUGUGAUACUGUCAUUAUUUUCCUUAUUGUGGCAGAGGUUGUAGUGCUCUAAUAAAGGCCUCCUUCCAGAUCACUGAGGAAGUGAAGGACAAGUAUUUGUGGCUGGUCUGGUCCUGCUGACAUCUUUACUAAAUUCCAGUUAGACUUAAUUCAUUGCCUGUUACUAUAGUGUGGCAACUGAUUUUUCUUAUAUAGACUGAAUUUUAUUGCUCUUUUAAAUAGAUGGUUUUGAUUGUAGAGUCCCUUUUUGCUUUGGAAGGAGAGUUGGAUUGACUAGAUACAUGUUUCAGUUUGCUGUUAUCUUUGGCUGAAUAGUACUUUUAUGAUUUAUGCAAGCUGCUAUCUUUAACAAAUUGCUUUCUUGCUUGUUUUUUUUUAAAGUGAACAGUCAUCUCCUGAUAUUUUGCCGCAUAGUUCUAACCUAUUUUAGAAAGUGAUAGUCAGAAUCUUUAAAAAAAACUUAAAAGGCAAGAAUAUUAAGAAUAGGUUGUAUGGAUAGAUUCAACUAAAGUAUCUACAGGACAUCACUUCGUUCAAUAUGGAAGGAAAAUCUUCAUUCAAUAUCUUAACCCUUUUUCCUACCUCAUAUUUGUCUUGUCUAUGGGGAGUGGGUCUUCCUAUAUAUGGAUUUAAAUAACUUAUAGAAUGAAAGGGAAGAAUUAGGCGGUAUUAAGCUGUUUAUUAAGCAAAUGAUUCUCUGUAAUUAGAUGUUAAAUUGAUCCUCUGAUAUCCUUUGUUGUUGUGUAUGGGAUUUGUACAUGAACAAACUUUUAAAACUUUGCUUCUUGUUUUGCUAAGCUGCCACAGAGAAUAUGCCACAAGAAUGCUUGGAGAUAGGGAGGUCUAGAAUGAGAAUCCUGUAAAUCAGGAUUUUCAGAAAUGGGUCUGUUGGCUGAAGAAUUUCUACACAUGUAUAAAUUGCCAGGACUGAGAAAUAUUGCUGUAGAUUACCCAUGGAAAAAAGAACAGAAGCUGUGAGACUGAGCUGCACUAGUGCUUCUUUAUUACACCCUAAGACAAUGUGUUGUCCAUCAACACAUGCAAUGAAUAGCUGUAAAUCUCAAAUAUGGAACACAUUAGAGCAAUUGAAACUGGCUCUGUUCUGUUGAUAUUAGCCCGAUGGAUAGAAAUUCAGAUGAAAAUGUGAUGCAUUCAUGGGCAUGCUAGGAAAAGCUUCACUAUUUAAACAUUGAAUGAUAUGGGUUGCUGCUAGUAAAGAUGGAGCAGCUGGGCUAGCAAAAAGAAAAAAAGAAAUAAAUAUUGGCAAGAUGUACAGACAGAAUUGGGUGUGAUUGUCAUAACCAUCUGUCAUAUGCUCCAUCUUACUUACUGGGCACCUUUAUAAUCUAUUUGUCCAGCUGUUAAACGGGACACAGAAGAACAUCUCAUCCUACAGGAUAUGUUUUAUUUCUCUGCUUUGAAAGCAUAAGCAGGUUCCUGUUCCAGUGGAUAUAAAUAUUUGAUAUUUUUUGCCUGCUUUUAAAGAGACAGCAUUUUAUUCUCCUGCUUCUUCCUUCCUAUGAAGGCAAAGGCAAGAUAAUGGAAAAGCAGAAAACCUUUGAAGUUGUGGGUAAAGAGUGGGGUCAUUAAAAAAAAAAGAGGAAAUUUGUGGCUUUUUUUAACCUGGUGCCUGCUUACUGAACAGAGCAUUGGGCUGAAUGUUCAAUGGUGGGGAUGGCUAAUUAAAUGAAAAAAAAAAAUACUGUGAAGGUAUAGGACCCUUAAUGGGAAAUAUUUAUUUUCCCUGUUAUUCCUUUCCCCUUCAUUCUCUUAUAGCAUAAUAUAUGCAGUGGCAUUCUGAAUACAGAUGAGAGAUUUCUGAUGCAACAAAAUGAUUGCCAAAUUAAUAACUACAAGAAACAGUAUUUAUUGCCUGAUUUAAUUUGCAUAAUUUAGCUAGUCUUUUCUGAGAAACAGAAGAGAGCAAGCAUGAAGUAUGCAGGAGCUCUAUUUGCUGCUGAAACGUCUUUCAAGGUUCUUGCAGGUUGACUUUUUAAACAAUAUUGAAAUUCUGCUCAUGCUGUCCAAUCCUGUAAUUUGGAGGGCUCAGAAUCACUUCUAAAUCCUAUAUAGAUCUUUAGAUAGAGGCGAGUAACUUAUAACCAAGAGCCUUCAUGUUGUCUCCCUUCUCUCCAAGACAGUUUAUAAAUGUCCAAUAGGAGAAUAGCCAAUUUUCAGUGAAACAAUUGAUUUAUUUCUUUAUUGAAACUUUAAAAAAAAACUAGUCUGAAAUUUUGCUAUUGAAUUUAUAGUCUGAAUUUUGUCACCAUGCUUCAAGCUGUAUGGGUAUUUGUGGGGAGGUGGGUUAGGACAGAAAACAGAUGAUCUCCUCAAAGUCCCGUUUCCAUUCUAUUCUUUAAAAAAAAAAA